GCUCCCUGUGCAGAGCCGCUCGUGCCGCUGCGGUUAGCCAGCCGGAUCCUGGGUCGGGGUCGCGAUUCAAGGCAAGCCAGGAGGAAACGCGACGGAGGCUCGCUGAACCUGCCGAGGGUUGUUGCGUGCAAGGCCUGCCCCAAGCUCCUGAGGCGCCUCUAGCUCGUUCAGAUGGAGAAAAUGGAUCAGAUGAAAAAAGAAAGACAGGAAAAUCACCAACUAUAUUGCUGCAAACCCCUUCCAGUGAAAUGGAGUAUCUUGAUGACCGGAAAAAAGUUGGCGUUGCUAGGACAAAGAACAGUACAGAUAGUCCACCCAUGACAAUGGACAUCAAGAACGACUCCAAGAUUGAGAGGAAAAAACGUGUCUCAAAUCAGCUGAAGGCAAAUGCACACUUUCAUAAGCUGUUUAUGGAGGUUCCCAUUGAUGAGCCACUGAAACAAAGUUUUACCUGUGCUCUGCAGAAAGAAAUUCUGUACCAAGGAAAGUUAUUCCUCUCUGAAAACUGGAUUUGCUUCCAUUCCAAGGUUUUUGGUAAAGACACUAAGAUCAGUAUACCUGUGCUCUCAGUGACACUGCUAAAGAAAACCAAAACUGCCCUCCUUGUGCCAAAUGCUCUGAUCAUAGCAACAGUCACAGAUAAAUACAUGUUUGUCUCCUUGCUCUCCAGAGAUACCACCUACAAGCUAUUAAAAUCUAUCUGUAGACAUCUAGAGGAUAUGAGUGUCGGCAACAGUCCCAAUCCGUCUUCUGCUGAAAACAGUUUCAGGGCUGAUCGUCCUACAACUCUGCCCCUGGAUUUUAAUGAAGACUAUUCUGAUCUGGAUGGUAUAGUGCAACAGCGGAGACAAGAGAUGGAGGAGUCCAGCAGUACAGGCUCCCAAACCCCAGAGCUAGAACGUUUUCAAGAUUAUCAUGUUAUAGAGACACAGACUCACUUGAAAGUUUCCAAGACUGAGGCAAAGUCUGUCCGUUCAGAUGCACACAGUAAACGUGUACCUGAAGGAAAAGCCAAGAACACUCCUCGAAAUGCAGAUCAUUCUGAAGCCUUCAGGUUCUUCCACAAAGUGAAUUCCCAGAAGCUUUUAUCUCUGAACCAAAUACUUAUAUUUUAUGCAGUUCUUGUCUGUAUAUUAAUAUUUUCUACCUUCUACAUGAGAUAUAAAAUCAAUGUCCUAGAGGAACGUCUUAUUUCUAUGACAUCCUUUGAGUCGCAUGUUAAGGACCAGCCAGUGCACCAGGGUUUGGGAUCUAAUCUGCAAAUUAAUGCUGAUGCCCUCUGUGAUGAGUUGACUGCUAAUCUUAUAAAAUUGGAGAAGAUACAGAACAACUUGCAAAGACUACUUGAAGAUGGUGAAUGAAACGUUGAUCUUCUUGGACUGCUUCAGACCUCAGUCUUCUGCUCCUGACAAACAGUUCCAAAAGAGCUCUGCUGGCCAGAGUUCAAGCUUCUUAUUUUUGAUCCAAGCCAAGUUUAAACUACUGUAUAUCUCCUGUCACAGUGUAGAAAGUCAGUCUAUUCUUGAGCAAUCGCAUAUGUCUAUGUAAUUUGAAAGGGUUUUUUUUCCUUCUCUAUUGAUGUGUGAAAUAAUGGAUUUUAUAGCUUGUUUGAUUCUAGACUUGCUUACACCAGUGUAAAUCAGGUGUAACUGCAUUUACCUCAGCAUCUGGGUUUUUUGUCCUUUGUCACACAAGUGUAAAUGGGAAGAAUUUCAGUCAUGACCCAUACAUGUAGAAGUAUGUUGUGUGAAUGAGCUGGGUAUCUGUGUCUCAACUGUGGCUCUGGAUCAAUGCUGUGCUCUUGGCUUUUAUUGCUUUCAGACCUAUCAUCCCAGAGAUCAGAGAGCAGACAUCUCUGGAUUAGAUUCUGCAGAGUGCUGAGCGUUCAGUGUGUGCUCAGUUCUCAGGUGCUGUAAAUAGGCUCAAUUCCACUGUUUGUGGUGCUGCAUCACUGCUGAAGGUGAGGUCUGCUGCUACUGGGCAUUCAUUUUCCAUUGAAGUCAAGCUUGAAAUAUGUGCGGACUCACCAACUUCACAAUCAAACUGCUUGUAGUUAGCGAUACGGGUGUGACAUGUCUGCACAGCUUAGAAAAGCUGCUGUAGUUUUUCUGUCCAUUCAUACAGUCUCUGUCCAUUAAGUUACUCAGUGCUAAGAGCCACAGUCAGCAUUUCCCAGAGUCGCGUGGAGUCUUGGUUGGCCGAGCAAGUGCAAUUCAUGUUCCAGUGAAUGGACGUCUAGUCGUUGUGACUCCAGAGGCUGGAUUCUUCCACGUAAUAAGAACUGGCGAAUUAGUGAUGUUGCAAUAGAAACGGUUUCCGUAGAGUGAAUGAAAGAAAAUGGAUGCCUGCUUUGUUAUAUUUGAAGUAUUGUCUUCAUAGUGCCUGAGAUGGGAUAACUGAUUUUUAGCUUUCUGAUUCACCAAGCAGGCUGGCUACUUUUAAAAAGCAAUAUUUAGGGUUAUAUCAAUUAGUGUCUGUAAAGUAACAGUAUUGUUUAUAUAUGCUAUGCAUUUUAUAACCAUUUCUGUGAAAUGUAUCUUACUUUGUU